AUUAAAAAAAAGUGUGUGUGUGUGUGUGUAUUAAAAAUAGAAACACUACUUUAUUUAUUUGUAAAAAAUCUGGAAAAAUGGAACUGAGUUAGUUAUCUAGAUUAGGUGUGCACUAAAUUAAUAAAUAUGUGGAAAUAUGUGUCACGUCGUAUCAGAGACACUUUUGAAAGAGGGGCUAACCACUUUGAUAAACGUGGAGCAAGUGGUGUAGUGCAUACUCCUGGUAAUGUAGAAGAGAAAAACAAACGAUCAUGUCCUCCGUGUUGCUGGUUCACUUCACGGAAAUGUUGGAAUUCCUUUCAACAAGGAAACAAUACCAACAAUAACUACAAAUGGAACUUCGAACACCUAACUUCCAGCUGGAUUGGUGCUAUUACCUGGAGCAGUGCAUUGGUACUAGGAUGGUAUACUAGUCAGCUCAUCCAUCUAAAAUACAAAUACCAUGCUAAGAAAGGAGACCAGGAGAAAUGCCCUACUGCAUUACUUUCUGCAUUGUCUCCAUAUAUUAAAUCGGUGAAUAAAAAUAUAACUUCUGGGGCAACAAUUGAACAAAUAAUUAACCACUUUACCCCUACUGUGCAUUUGGUGUCCAAUGAACAGAAUGGAGAGAAGAAAGAGAGUGUUCAGAGCCAAAGUAGCAGCUCAACUAGCCCUGAUUCAUCUGAUGAUGCAUUAGGGAAUGUUUUAAACUCCAUCGAGAAUAAGUUGGGCUUAAAUGCUAUAGAGAAUGGUCAGCUUCAGGAUGGACUUAACCUACUAAGGUCUGCUGCAAACCGUAAUCAUGCCCCUGCCCUUUACAAUCUUGGCCUUUGUUAUGAAAUUGGAUUGGGUGUGAAUGUUGAUGAGAAAGUGGCAAUGGAGAUGUAUCGUUCUGCUGCUGCCUUAGAGCAUCCUGGUGCACUGUAUAACCUUGGUAUUUAUUACGGCCAAGGCAGAGGUGGUUUGGUUCGCGACACUGUUACGGCGACGCGCCUCUUACGACUGGCUGCAGUGCAGGGUCAGCAAGAUGCCAUAGAUGCACUGAAGUCACUGGAUUUGGAUACUGAACCUCAACAUAACAAUACAGGCACUUGGUCUUAUCAAUUCAACAAUCUGUUUGGAGAAAAUAACAGCAUUAUGCCAACACCAACUACACUAUUUGUGGAAAAUGUAAGCUAUUGUCGUCCAGAGAAAUAUGCGUACUAAUUGAUUAUAAUUAGAAUGAAUAAACUAGAUAUUAGUGAUGAUUACUUUUUUAAUUUUUAAGUGUUAGCACUUAAGCACAAUAUUUUAUUCAGUCUUUGUUUUGUGUACAGAAAAACUAAUCAAAAAGUUAAAAAAAUAUACUUAGAUGUUUCUCUGUUUGUGGUGGUUUGGUUUUUAAAGUGUGGCAGAUGGCCAUAUACUUGUUUCAGAAUAGUACUUAUUUUAAAAUGGAGCUGUGUACUUAACGCUUUUUGUUCUGUGUAUGUCUGAAAUGUAAUGAGUAAGUAGUCUUUUUGACUUAAAUUCGCCAUCAACUAAAACAACUUAACAUUUGAAUAAGAAAAAAAUGCAGUUGUAUAGGAAUUGAAUAAAAUCAUACAUGACAUUUACCGAGAACAAAUAAUGCACACGAGCUUAGGUCCUAAAGUUUGCAGUACACUACAUUAAUCAUUGGUAAUUUAAAUUGGCUAUCAAAACAAUUAUCGCUAUUUCAAAAUAAUGUAGGAGAUAAGGUACCUUGUUUUAAAAAUAGGUACUUGGGAAUGAACUUACUAACCUAUUUUAUUCAUUUGUUGGCCAAGCCAAGAACAAUAA